GAUCGUCAUGAGUCGAGUUUGAAACAUCACGUGUUUCGUUUGGCUCUGUUCAAACCUGAUGAGAAAUAAUCAGUUAAAAAUAAUGAAAAACAGUUACGUACUUUUAUUCUGAAAGCGCCGUAGUACACCGGAAGGGAUAUGGUCAGGGUGCGGAAGUUGUGUGCCAAGCUUGUUUUCAAAUUCAGUGAUUUACAGCAGCAGGUUUGUGGUCUCCUGACAUGGCUGUAGACUGGAUUGGGUUCACCUAUGCUGCUCUGGUGUCAGCAGGAGGAAUCAUGGGUUAUGUUAAAGCAGGCAGCGUCACCUCUCUGGCUGCAGGGCUCCUUUUUGGCCUGCUGGCUGCAGUCGGUGCUUAUCUGGCAUCUCAAAAUCCCAAGAAUGUCUGGCUUUCACUCGGCACCUCGGGGACACUGGCCGUGGUGAUGGGACUGCGAUUUCUCAACUCGUGGAAGUUCAUGCCAGCUGGUUUAAUGACUUUAGCAAGUGGACUGAUGGUGGUGAAGAUCAUCACUGGGAUGCUAAAGAAAACACAUACAACUUGAAAAUACACAUAUAUAUAUACUCUUUCUGUGUGUCUGUACAUAUUUUUGACAUAAAAAAAUGCUCCCACAUGCUGUUCAUUCAUAAACAUUCCCUCAAUGCAGUCUUCUAUUACAAUCUGAUUCUGUAUAAAAAAAAUGUAAUAUAAAAUUUUUUAGAGGAAAGGGUACAAGGGUACAGUUGGGUGAUGUUUUUUUAAUUUUGUAAAUGUAUAUCUACUGCUGUAAAAUAAUAAAUUCACCCACU